AUGAAGGGUGAUGAGGAGGAUGAGGAUUCGCCAAAAGGUGGGUGUGACUAUGUGUUUUGGAGUCCCAAAAUGUUUAUAGACCAGAUUUUCAUGAAAAAUUGAAUUUUCAAAUAUUUUGGCAUCAAAACUUUGUUCUAGACCAAAUUUCGAUGAGUUUUUCGAAUUUUCAAUUAUUUUCACGCUAAAACCUUUUCCUAGACCUAAAUUUCAUCAAAAACUCCAUUUUUCAAAUAUUUUGGGACCAAAACCUUUUCCUAGCACAAAAUUUCAUGGAAAAUUGGAUUUUUCAAAUAUUUCGGCACCAAAACCUUGUUCUAGAACAAAAUUUCAUUAAAAAUUCAAAUUUUUAAAUAUCUUGACAUCAAAACUUUGUUCUAGCACAUGUUUUGGCACUAAAACCUUUUCCUAGACCAGAUUUUUGUGAAAAAUUCGAUUUUUCAAAUAUUUUGACACCAAAACCUUGUUCUAGAACAAAAUUUCAUGAAUUUUUCCGAUUUUCAAUUAUUUUUGCACCAAAACAUUUUCCUAGACCAGAUUUUCAUGAAAAAUUUGGUUUUUCAAAUAUUUUGACAUCAAAACUUUGUUCUAGCACAAAAUUUCAUGAAAAAUUUGAAUUUUGAAAUAUUUUGACAUCAAAACCUUGUUCCAGCACAACAUUUUAUGAAAAAUGCGAAUUUUUAAAUAUUUUUCCACCAAAACCUUGUUCUAGACCAGAUUUUCAUGAAUUUUUCCAAUUUUCAAUUAUUUUCGCACCAAAAACAGUGUUCUAACAUAAAAUUUAAUGAAAAAUUCGAAUUUUCGAAUAUUUUGGCACCAGAACCUUUUCCCAGACUAGAUUUUUAUGAAAAAUUUGAUUUUUCAAAUAUUUUGACAUCAAAACUUUGUUCUAGCACAAAAUUUCAUGAAAAAUUCGAUUUUUUAAAUAUUUUGACACCGAAACCUUCUUCUAGACCAGAUUUUUAUAAAUUUCUCAAAUUUUCAAAUAUUUUCCCACCAAAACCUUGUUCUAGACCAGAUUUUCAUGAAUUUUUCAAAUUUUUCAACAAUGUUUUACUAAAAAUUCCAAAAUUUCCAGGAAUCUUGGCCAAUCUUCGCUUGGCUCUUCCCCAUAUUUGCCUUAUCACAGCCACUUUAUUAUACAUUUUCCUGGGCGCCUUGAUUUUUGCCUACAUCGAAAUACCGUAUGAAAAGCAGAUUUAUCGAAAACACCAUCUACAGUACCUGAAGCUGGUAGAUCAAAUUAUGCGGGACCCGAAAAAUUUGACGGAUUUCGAGCUCGAGAAGCUGGUGGAUGAUUAUACGAUGGUGAAUUUUGGAGCGUUUGAGGCGGGUCUCAAACCGAUUGGUGGGUGUUGGUUUUGGCGGGGAAAUAUUUGAAAAUUUGGAUUUUUCAUAAAAUUUUGGUCUAGGAACUUUUUUCUAAAUCAAAAUUUGAUGAAAAAUUCAAAUUUCUUACCCAUUUUUGAAAAUUUUCAGAUUUUCUCACCGAAAAUCACACCACAAAAUGGACGAUGAUCUCGUCGAUCUUCUUCACCACCACAGUUCUCACAUCAAUCGGCUAUGGAAAUUUGAUACCGAUUUCAACGCAUGGACAGAUUUUUUGCAUGUGUUAUGCGAUUUUUGGGUGAGUUUUGGGCGGGGAAUUGUUUUGGGCGGAGUUUUCAUUCUCAUUUUCGAGAUCUACACAAAAUUUCACCCCUGGAAUUUUUUUUUCCGGAAAAAAAUUGAAAAGUUCCCACCGGGAUUCGAACUUGCGGCCUUUCACCUGGAAAUUUGUGGUGUAGCUGGUUAGAGACUUGAUUGUCAAGUUGAAGAUCCCGUGUUCGAUUCCCUUGGUGAAAUUUUUUUUUAAUUUUAAAAAUUCCACGUGGCAAUCAUUUUUCAAAGUUUUCAUUAUCAUUUUCGAGAUCUACACAAAAUUUCACCCCUAAAACUUUUUUUCCCAAAAAAAAAUUGAAAAGUUCCCAUUGGGGUUUGAACUUGCGACCGUUCACCUGGAAAUUUGUGGUGUAGCUGGUUAGAGACUUGCUUGUCAAGUUAAAGGUCUCAAGUUCAAUCCCGCUACUGAAAAUUUCUCAAUUUUUUUUUUCGAAAUUUCAAAGUCUAGGCCAAUUUUUCACGCUGAAUCUCAUGGUGCGUUUCAAAAUUCCUCAUUUUUUUCCAGAAUUCCGCUAACUCUCAUCACAAUAGCCGAUGUCGCCAAAUUCGUUGCCGAUAUUUUGAUAAUGGAUCCAACUGAAGACAUCAAAACUGGUAGACAAUUUUUGGUUUUGAUCUUGCUUUUGGGAUAUAUGUCGAUAUCGGCAGUGGUUUAUUCGAUUCUGGAGCCCACGUGGAAUUUUGUGGACUCGUUCUAUUUUUGUCUCGUGUCAUUGGUGAGUUUUGUGGUGCGGAUGUGGCGCAGCCGGUUAGGAGUUUGGGGAUUUUUGAAUCUCAAGGUCGGAGGUUCGAUUCCUCUUGGUGGCGGUGAAAUUUUUCUUUGA